AUGAGCCAAAUCCAGAAGGCGUUUGACAAGUACAAAACGAUUGGGAAAUCCGGCCACGGUUCAAUUAAAAGUGAAGAGCAGAUUGGAUCGUUUUGUUUAGCGUUAGGUUUAGACCAAGAUGGGUCUGAUUUGUAUGUUUUAGGAUUCAUUGGUGAGUCAAAGAAGUAUGGAUAUUUCAAAGAAAACGACAUAAAGAAAAUAACUAAAGUGUUUAAUAAGGAAGAAGCGCUUCAUGACCAAAUCCAAAACUAUUUCAACAAAAUGGAACGCCCUGAAUACCGAAAUUUCCUUUCAGUUAUAUAUAAAUGGGUGGAUGAAAUGUUAAAAGACAUUCAACACAACGAGCCUCUUCCCAAAAAAGAAAAUUUGAAAAUUUCCAAACCAGUCUUUUUAGAAGGGCGGACUGAAAUGAUUCAAAUCCUUCCUGACUUACUCGACGCUAUUAUACAAACUAAACUCAAAACAGAUCUUUUCGAGAACUUCGUUUACUUCAUCACUAAUGUGAGAUGUCGAAGACUUUUGACCUUCGAUGAAUUCACUUCUAUAGUCGACUUCUUGACUCAAUUUAAGACACUUUCAUAUGCGGCGCAUUCGACUGACGACACCACUUCGUUACCUUUAUUAUAUGAUGACUUCGUCGUCUUCAUCCAGACUAAGAAGAAGUGA